CCCAUAUGUGUAUUUGUGACUAGUCGGCCCACCCUGAUUCUUAACCGAAUACCUAAACUCCUACAUUUUCUAAUCUAACGGCUCGAAUCUUUCCACAAGACUAUAUUUGUUGGAAAAGGAGGUAUAGAUGGAGGGAGCUGACCGUCCUGGGCAGAACAGAAGACAUUAACGACGGAAAGAACGGAGGAUAUGAAGGCGUUAUCGAGGUGUCAGAAGGCAAUGAUAACAUGAUGAUGCAAACCAACCUUUUUAGGCAAGUCCAACUUUACAUUUUGAUUUCGUAUGAGUACACUAAUCACUUCUCACUCACACACCAAAAAGUCUUAUGUCUCUAUCUCUCUCCUACUCUUUCUCUCUCUAGAAACCUCAGAAGCUUGUUAGCCACAACAAUAUCUAAUCUUGCAACGCAAAAAACACGAAACCAAGAUCCAAAGACAAAGACAGACAAGUGGGUUUUGUGUCCUAGAUGCAUGUGAGUGUGUUUUUGCUCCUAACACGCUUGCUUCUGAUUCCCGACUAACAUUUUAGCUCCUUCAUUCUUCAUAACCCAACUGUUUGAUCUCUGGAAUCCAAUCCCACAGCACUGUUUGAUAUACUUUUCUUGUAGCUGUGAUAUGGGGUUUUGACCAAGAUUGGCAUUUCUUUGAGGUUUUGAGGGCAGAUUGUAGUGAUGUCUGGGGAGAUGGAAGAGCCCUUUAGUUUUAGCUUUCAGGCAGACUCUUUACACUCUGGUUCCAUAUCAUUUGGGAGGUUCGAAAACGAAGUUUUAUCUUGGGAAAAGUGGUCGUCGUUCUCGCAUAACAGAUACGUUGAAGAGGUUGAAAAUUGCUUGAAACCGGGUUCAGUUAUUGAGCGGAAAGCUUACUUCGAAGCUCAUUUCAAGAAGAAAGGUUUUCCCAAACCAAAUUUAGUUGAGUGCUAUCGCGGUACAAGUUAUCAAGUCCGUGAAAAUGGUGUCUUGGAGAGUGAUGCGUACGGAGAAGAAUUUGAAGACGGAAAUGAAGACAACAGUUGCGCUCAAUUUGAUAAGGGCUCCGAGGGUUCAGAGUACCACGGAGACAGUGAAGUGAAUGAAUAUGAAAAGGGAGAUCCUGAAGUUUCAUUGUCUGAUCCUCAGAGGGCAUCUGAGUUGAACAAUGAAGAUAUUCUGGUCGCUAUUAAAGAUGAUAAUUCCGAGGAAACAGGUCAAAUUGGAAUAGGUUGUGACAUGUUUUCUUCAAUUAUCGAUGAACCAGAGAACAAUGUAAUUGAGAAUCAUGAUGGUGAUGCUGUGAAUGCUGAUGAAUCAUAUAAUUCAGUUAAGAUAAACCCCAAAACUGCAGCAGAUGAAGAAGUUAACAUGACUAUUGUGGAAAGUUUGCAUGGUUCUUCUUCAAAGUUGAAGGCUGGAAAAGAAUGCAAAAUUUCCAAGUCCAAAGUAAAAUCUAACGCCAGCAUUUCUCCGGUUAAGAGAAGUAUUUCUUCUGAGUCGUCUAAAGAUUGUACAAAGAACUCUAAUAGAGAAGGAGAGGGUACACGAAGAACGGAUAAACAAAAGCUGUCACCAAAAACCACCAUUCCAACUACACAAUCUGUUCCCAGGACUCCAAAAUCAGAGGAAUCUACAAAUCUGAAGGGAAAAUCUGCUCACGAGAGUAGAAGUGAUAAGAAACUUGGUGAACCUCAACCUCCUGCCGUCAAGCCUGAGUCCAGAGGACGCCAAACGGCAAACAGGUUUAACCAAAGAGUCAAUUUGACCAAGUCUGAUAUAAGAUCAAGUGUUGCAACUUUCAAUUUCAAAAGUUCUGAACGAGCAGAAAGGAGGAAAGAGGCAAACAACCAUGAAAAAGCCGAAGCUGAGAUGAGACAAUUCCGCAAAAGCCUCAACUUUAAAGCAGCACCAAUGCCUUCCUUCUACCAUGUAGCUGUGAAUGCAGCGCCUGAUGGGAGCAAGGCUGUAUCUACCAAAUUCUCUAAAGUACAAAGCAAGUCAACAAAUCCAGGGAGUGGAGCCGCUGCAAGAUUUCCAUCACAUUCAGAGGCAGGCAAGGUUGAACCUCCCACGGCCAACGUUUCUAUAAACACAGCUGAUUUGCAUGAGGCCUCGAGAGAAACUAACAGCAUCAUGGCUGAUCCCUCUGAAACUAGUUCAGUUUCUUCAGCUACACUGAGCAGCAGAAACUUAUCCCGGGAUACUGCAACUAAAAGUGAACAUCCCAGGACGAAAGGAAGGGAGAAGGAUGCUAAAACGCAGAAACAUCGGUUAUUAGAGAGCGGUAAAAUGGCAAAAAGUCAGAAAGCUGAAGGGAAGCAGAAAGUGGGAGUCCAAAAAAAUAGCAGAGAGAUGGCAAGGAAGGGUAUGAAAGACGGCGUCGGCUUUGGAAGCAGUUCAAGAAUGGGUCAUCUAACGGUUGGUGUUGCCUCAUGAAUGAACACCAAGAGAUCGAAUAUACUCAGCGUGCAGGAUGAACACUGCAAGCCUGAAAUUUAAUGAAAGCAAAGCUUGUAAUAAAACAUGCAGGUGAAAGGAUAAUAAUAUAUGGUUGUGCUGUUUGAGGGAGUAGAAAAAUUGGAAGCCUAGGCCCUCUUGCCUCCUUCAUAAAUUAAAAGUUUUAUUAAAUUUA